CCCAGCUGGCGCCAGCUGGCCGCCAUCGGCAUCGCCUCGGGCCUGCCCUUUGUGGUCUUUGGCUUCCUGGACAACGGUAUCAUGCUGGUGGCGGGGGAGCAGAUCGACGCGGUGUUUGGGGCCAGGUUCGGCCUGACCACGCUGGCCAGCGCGGGGCUCGGCAACCUGGUGGCGGAUGUGGUGGGCGUG